UAGCAUUUUAUGCCGAAGAGGUCACCCUGGUUAAAAACCAUUUAUUAUUACAUUAUUAUGAUGUUAAUCUAAAUGUUUACAACGUACUUCCGGCUUGCGUGCUGUGAUCGCGUGACUUAUAUUUGUGCGUCCCUAGUAUGGAGAUCAGCGGUGUGUGUUAACAGGCUCAAAAAUGGCGGUUGUCGAUACCGAAAAUAAAUCAGAUUUAAGACAACUUUUCCAAAAUAUAUCACCAUACUUUACUCCAGAGGAAUCAGAACAUGUUGUACUGUCAUUUAAACAGAAUUAUGGGGGGAAAUUCAACUCUCUAGACGAUUGCGAUCUGCUGAAGUGUUUUCAUCUUCUUGAAGAGAAUGGGUAUGUAUCUGAAAACAACCUCAAACUAAUCGAAGACUUCGUUGCUUUGAAAUCGAGAGGAGAAGAACUCAUUAAGGACGCUAUGAAAACUUUUAAGGCCUCUCGUCCAGUAAAAGCUGAUCCAGAGAAGAAAUUGCAGGGACGGAACGAUGAAAUCACGAAAAUCAACCGAAAACUGGCAUCAAAAGAUUCUGCAGCUUUAAACUUGUUUGGAUCGUCUGGUUUGGGAAAGACAAGACUUGCUAAGGAAGUUUGCUCACAAUGGCGUGGAACAUAUCAUGUCUUUGAUCUUAGAGAAGCAAAGGAUAUGAGAGCGAUUUAUUACAACAUUCUACAUUCUCUCGAUCUAGCUGUUCCAGUUGGUUACAUUGAACUAAAGAAUGUUGUGGCAAAAGUUCAAGAGAAAAUAAGAGAGUUGCAGACGAAAAGGGAGGGACAUGGUGUUCUGUUUAUGCUGGAUAACGUGGAUCGAUUUACCGCAGGACACGGAAAGGACGGAAAGAACUUGAAAACAGCUUUUAUACAAUUUUUAGAAAAGCUUCUAGAAACCAAAGAAAAAGGGUCUCCCUUGAAACUUUUACUUACAUCAAGGGCUCAGUUAAAAGAUUCCAAAAAGGUGGAAGAUUUUGAAGUCAAGUCCCUGAAAAGAUCUUUUUCGGAGAAAAUCCUCUUUCCUAAGGGGAUGAAUGAUGUCCAACCCCACCAGAUGGAUAAAUUUGUUAAUACCACCAAAGGAUCUCCCCUUUUUCUAGAAUUACUGGAUCCUAUUUUGCGACAAGGACGGAAAUCUGUUGAUGAACUCAUCGCAAGACUUGCACUCACUCCAAAGAAAUCCAAAGUGGAGGAAGAUGCCUCAGAGAAGCCAUUCGAUUUUGAGGACGAUGGAGUAGACAUGGGUCAGAUAUCGGUAGUGAGAGAAACAUUCGACACACUUCCCACUGAAAGUUUGAAGGUAUCUGCAGUAGUAAUCUCCUUGUUUCAUGGGCCUUUCUCUGUGCCAACAGCUGCCAAAGUUCUUGGUAUUGACCAGUCAGAAGCUAUUGCUCAGUUAGAGGGUCUUGCAGCCAGUCGAAUCAUUUUUGUAGUUGACAAGGAAGCAAAAGAAAGGAAGUAUGACAUCCAUCCACUCUUACAGAAGUAUGCUGACAGUAUCAAGAGUCAGGAAAACUUUCUUGCUCUCUAUCUGGAGGCAAAAGCGCGCUUUUAUGAACUCUUCAUGUCCAGGAUGAAGGAAAUUGCCAAACUCAUUGAGCCAGACUAUGUCAGAGCAUUCCAUUUAUUUGAGACAGACAGAGGAAACUAUGAGUUCACUGUUGACAUAUCUUUGCAACCAAAAUAUUUCAGUGUUCCAGGUGAAUUCCAUGAAUAUACUUUGAUUGCCUCCCUUUUUGAUGCAAUGCUAAAUGAGAAGAAAAUAAUCAAGGUGUUUCAUAACUGGGCUGAGAAGUGCCAAGAUGAUGGAAAGACAGGUUCUCUCAUGCGAGCACAGUUGAAAUGCCGGGAAGUAAAGCAAGUUCUUGAUGUCCAUGGAACAGAGAGAGCAUUUGAGGUACUGAUGACAGCUUUCAGUUCACUGGAGAAAGUCAACAACAAAACUAGUGAUUAUUUUAUGCUCACCAAAGGACUCUAUCUGUAUUGUGAAGGUGAGAUCCUUUGGAGAAAUGGAGACUUUAAGAAAGCACUUGAAUGUUUGAAGUCAUCCUUGGAAUUCUUUAAGGCACUGCCAGAGGAGCACACUGAUCUUGCGAGGUGCUACAAUGCUAUUGGAAACUGCUAUUCGAGUCUAAAACUACUUGAGAAGGCACUUGAGUUUUACAACAAAGCAUAUAUGACUCAAAAGAAAGUGGCAGGAUCUGAGCAUCACUUUGACAUUCCAAUUUACAAGAAUCAAAUUGGAACUGUUUAUGUUGGUCUAGGAGAUUACAAAAAGGCUACCAAGUGUUACAAAGAUGCCUUGGGCCUUUUGAAGGAACUAAACCUUUUAGAUUCGUGGGAUGAAGCUCACUUUCUGAGAAAUCUUGCUAAUGCUUACAUUCACAGAAAGGAGUAUAAAAAAGCAACUGAACCCGCAGAUAGGGCUUAUAACAUAAGGAUGAAGAUUCUCGAAAAUCACCCACUAACUGUGCAAAGCAUAUACCAGAGAGCAGUGAUUCUGUCAUACUUGAAUGAAGAUGAGAGAUCCUUGCAGCUCCUUCUUGAAGCAUGGAAGAUGGAGAAAGCACUUGAUGCAGGAAACCACAGUCCAGUUUGGCGAGAUAUUAUUGUUGGUGUCGAGACCUCAUAUGAUAAUCUAGGGAAAGGAAACCAGAAGAAAGGAUUUCGAAAAGAAGCAUUGAAAUUUUGUGAACAUCUCUGGGAAGAACGAAAAGGCUCAAAAUUGUUUUGCUUUGAUGAUUUCGACAAAGAAGUAAUUGAUACUAUUUUGGAACUUCUUAGCAAGAAGAAAGGCAAAUACAUUGUUUACAAAGUGGAAAAGGAACAAUUUCAGAAGAUGUAUAGUGUUAAGAAAGAAGAAUUUCAAGAAAAAGCUGACCAGACCCAAAGAAUUCUACUGCACUCAGCCUCUGAGAGGGAAAAGGUGCCUGAUGCCAAAUCAGCAAAAGGAGAUGAUGCAGAGGAGGAGGAAGAAGUUGUGGUGGAGUUGUCCGAUGAAGAAGAUUCAAAGCCAAACCCUAGAGACAGCAAAAAGAUUGUGGUCAGGAGAGAUGAGAUAACAGACAAGGGAGACACAUGGAAUCUACCGGAGGCUGGUGCAUUUAUCACCUUUUCUCCAGGAUUUCUGAAAGAACCCUUGUGGGUCUCUUGUUCCAUGUGGAGUCCUAGAUCCCUCUCUCCUCCCAUAGGCAGUAAUGAGCUCUUGGUGAGUAAUUUGAUUGAACUAUCUUAUGAAGGCCCACCAACUCUAGAGUCUGGGGAAGCUGCUACAGGAUGCAUAACCAUGGGUUUGUUGCACAGUGCCUCUGAUUUCAAGGGAUAUGAAGUAGUUAUUAAGAAACUGGUUGACCAAGAAAACAAUGAAUGGGAAGAUUUGGAAACAAGAAUCAUGUGGAAUUCAGCAGAAAUGAAUCCAGCUGUUAUGGACUGCCCAUAUGCUGAAGCGACUUGCUCUGGAAUCUGCUUUACCUCCUUUGCGGUUAUUUGGCGCCUGAAGUCUUUUGUCUUUUGGAAGACAAAGAAUUUGAGCCCCGAGUUUACUUGCACAGUGCCAGACUAUCCAAAUGUCUGUGUUUCAAUCCCAUGGAAUUCUGUUCCUGACAACACAGACUUCUCUUUAACUCUAAAGGUACAGGAGGCACCAAGCACCGAUGGCAGAGUUGGAAUCUUGUUGGGUCCGGUUCUUCACAUUUCGUGCUCACAUGGAAUAACGCUCUUGGAGCCAGCAAAAAUCAACCUUCCUCUUGCACUUUUUAAAGGUGAUAGAGAAUUGUUGGACAUGCACUCAGGUCAGUGGAGGAUAUUUCACUUUCAGCAGGAAUGGAGAGAUAUCACAGAUCGGUUGGAGAUGUCAGUUGCUAUUACAGAUGGAAUAGUGAGAUUCAAAGUGAAAACUUUCUGCAGAUUUUUGCCUUUGUGGGUGGUUGCUAAUCUUGCUGGUGUUGAUGCUGGUGAUGUCUCUGAUCUGGCCAGGAGAUCGAUGAAACAACGAGCUGGGUUUUUAGCUUGCAUGUGUCGAGAUGUUGUACCUGAAAGAUACUUGCUGAAGCUAUUUUGUUUCCCACUUCAUUUGAAAUCCAAAGUGAAUAAGAAUAUGGUAAAGUUGAAUUACGAUGUGAUCUUUCAAGGAGAUGGAAACUCGAAGAAACCUCUAUUCAACGAAGACGAAACGUCUGUUGCUCUUUCAAAAGGACUGAAGGUACACGAAGGAGGAGAUACUGACAACCUCUCCUUAACGUUUUAUGAUGAUGGAGAAGACCAAAAUGAUGUGUUCGUCACUAUUGAAGAUAAAAGUAACAUGUCAGUAGACUUCUUGAAACGGCUUAACGCCGAGGAUAGGACAGACCAUGAAUUGUUAUGUAAAGUUCGCAUUAUUAUUCGAGGAUCUCCAUCGCAGGUAUUUCUUCUUGUUUUUUAGCUGCAUUGAUCCGGCUUCUCAAUUUGCAGUAGAAAGGCAUAGCAACGAAUGUAAAAUAUGCCGGUUUAACACAGUCGUCAUCUUAAUUAAUUAGCGGCAACCAUGAUUAGAAAAGCUACUUCUAAGAAGUUAGGUUGUUUUCCUC